CGCGAAGGAACGAGGAGGGAGCCAUGCAUACUAGCAGCGUGGCAGCCAGCCAGCUUGCGCUUACCGUCCUCGAGCUAUGCGUGCGUCCAUGGCCUUCGCAAUUAGCCAUUUGUUGAUCUCUUGGUUAUUGACGUGAGUUCGUGGUCAAAGUCGACGUGGAGUUGGUAUCGUUUCCUUCUGGCAAAUCGGUGCCACGUCUCACGGUAGUAGGUAAUUGCCGUUUCAAUCCAGGUCACCGUGCAGGUACAUGCCUAUUCUAGCCCCUGCAUGCAUGCUACGCACAGACACACACACAGAGAGAGAGAGAGAGAGAGAGAGAGAGAGAGAGAGAGAGAGAGAGAGAGAGAGAGAGAGAGAGAGAGAGAGAGAGAGAGAGAGAGAGAGAGAGAGAGAGAGAGAUGAUGUAGAUAGUGUGAUUGGUCGAGGGCGGAGAUCAUCAGAGAAGCUCCUGGUUUUCCUUUCCCAUCUUCAGCUUUGACAUAGCUGGCCACUGCUAGUGGCGCGGCGGAGGGCGCGAGUGCAGCUGCGCUGCUGGACGAGUAGAGCGAGAGUGCGAACGCAGCAGCGGAGGGGGGGGAGUACGGUCGUUCUUCGCCCUGCAUGCAGGCACCUUGCGUCCGGCUGCGCGAGCGACGAUUUGAAUUGUGCGACGUCGUUGUGUGCGACACGACGAGGCGUGCCAUGUGUAUGGAGCAAACAACGGGUACGACUUGAGAACGCGCGACGGCGGUUGGGAACUCUCGAUCGUCGUGGGCUUGCGUCUCAAGUCCCGACGCGCGGCGCGGCGCGCCGCACGUUCUUCCUGCGGCGGCGAUGGCGGCUUGCACAAUGUCCGCCUCGGGCGCCGCGACCUCGACGGGAGUGGUGGCAAGGACCGCCGCCGGUAGCGCUCUGUUGCAGUCAACAGAGCGACACGCCGGCGGCGGCUGCAGCGGCUCGGCGCGCACCGGCGUCAGGAGCGUGCUCUGCGCCGCUUCGCCUUCGCGCCGCUCUCUGUCAGUCGUCUCCUGCGGAAUCUGGGGCGGGUGUUGCGCUGCACGGGGCAGUUCGAGGAGAUCUUCUCUUAGCAGCGGUGGUGGAGCGAGGGGGGAGAGAGGAGGGGGAGGGGGGAAAGGGAGCGAGUCAUCAGUCUCAAGGCGCGGCGCAUGCUACAGCUAUGGUAGGCGCAUUGCGCGGGUGCGGGUCUACGGGCUUCCGCCUGCAAGCGCGGGGUCGUUUCUGUGCGGCUCGUCGACGCUGACGGCGGAGAACAGCAAGGAUGCCACGUGGCUACGAGAUGCGCUGGUAGCGUGCCCGCGGGCUGCCUGGGGGGAGGAGUCCAGGUGGCGGACGCGCGCCAGUGCGUCAUCGGAUGCCCUCUCCGAGACCUCGUUAUCGGCGUCAGACAGGGUGAUACUGGCGCAAUCGGCGGUGACAUUGAAGUCGAGGGAGAGUGAGGGGGGGGCGCUGGUCGGAGGGGAAGCGCUGCAAGGGGCGCUUAAGGGGUCACGGCUGGACGUGGGUUCGAGAGUGGGGGUGCGGCGGCCAGGGGAGGGAUUGGCAAGUGCGCCGGUUUCCCGCGUGAUCAUCAGGGCGGCGGGAGCGGAGGAGAGGGAAAGAAGUGUCAACGGGGAGGAGGGAAGGGAUGGGGGAGCUCCCUCGAGGCCGCGAUUGCGCCUGAGAAACCCGUCGGAAGCGGACGCCCGCGUCGGCGCGGACAGCGGCGCUGGCGCAGCGGCCGUCCGCCGCCCGUUGAAGAUCGACCGCUCCAGUCUGGGUAUCAGCAGACCAGGUACAGGGAACAGGAUCAAUCCUCCCCAGAGAAGCAGUGGGGCCGCUGUUGACGGCAGGAGGGUGGAGAAAGUGGAGGGAGGAACCGCGGAGGGCAGGGGAGUGCAUCGGGUGGGCGGGCUAGGUGCUCCUGACAGGGCGAAUGGAGCAAGGGAGGCGCGGGUGGUGGAAAGGCCGAGGCCUAGACCCGUUGACCGACCUGUGCGUCUCGACCGCCCAACGGCUAGAUCACCUGUACGGACAAGAGAAGAGGAAGGUCUUCGGCAAGCUGGAAGCGGCGGGAAUGUCAGGCUCGGUGGUAGGUUUGGUGAGGCGCAGGGGGGCGGCGCGAGAGGGUUGGAAGGAGGCUCGGCGGACCGUCCGCGGAGAGUGCUGCCGAGGGGAGGAAUGGUGGACACAAGGAGGGUUGUAGAGAGUGCGGCCUCCGCUCCGCCGCCUUCGGGUGGGGUCUCUAGGAAAGCGCCAGCGAAGGGGAGGGAGGAUUGGAGGAAGAAGAAUGAGGGGGAGGGACCGCGGAGGAGGAGCUUGGUGGCGACACGUGGCGCGAAGAACGACGAAGACGUCGAUCUGGAGAUGGAAGAAGAGGUGGGAGAGGGAGUGAUUCCGGACCUGGGGGGGUUGCUGGGGCAAAAGAGGAAGGGGGGGGGAAAGCGGAAGCGGACGAAAGCGGAUAAAGCGCGCCAGAGGGCGGAAGCAGCGAAGGCUGCCGCGCCUGUGCGCGUAGAGAUACUGGAAGUGGGGAAGGAGGGAAUGGCCGUCGCUGACCUGGCUCAUCAUUUGGCUGUCAACGACUCCGAAGUAGUCAAGACUCUCUUCUUGAAGGGAGUCAUGUCCAUGGUUAAUCAGGUCCUUGAUGAGGAGACUGUGAAAAUGGUCUGCCAGGAAUACGGUGUGGAGAUAAUCACUGCAGAUGAGGUCAGUGUCGGCGAUCUGGCGAAGAAGCGCGCCGAUUUCAAUAUCGACGACGAGGGGGGGGAUCUUGUCGAUCGACCUCCCGUUGUUACCAUCAUGGGACACGUGGACCACGGCAAGGCGUUCAGUGCCAUGCGUGCACGAGGUGCACGUGUAACGGACAUCGCGAUCAUUGUUGUUGCUGCUGAUGAUGGAGUGCGACCUCAGACCCUAGAAGCAAUUGCUCAUGCAAAGGCAGCAAAUGUGCCCAUCGUCAUCGCAAUCAAUAAGGUUGACAAGGAUGAUGCCAAUCCUGACAGGGUUAGGCAGGAACUUUCUGGGCAUGGCCUGAUGCCUGAGGAGUGGGGAGGUGACGUACCAAUGGUGCCGGUAAGUGCGUGGACAGGAGAAGGUGUGGAGCUGCUUCUUGAGACCGUUGUGAUCGUGGCUGAGACCUCUCUGCUGGAUUUCAUCAGAAAAACGAAGGUGGCUGCUGGCGAAGCUGGUGGGAUCACACAGAGUAUUGGAGCUUACAGAGUAUCUGUUGAGGUCGAUGGGAAUGCUCAGACAUGUGUGUUCUUGGACACCCCAGGUCAUGAGUUGCAAGAGCUGAAAGCGAACCCCAACCGUAAAGCAAAGGGUACCGUAAUUGAAGCAAGCUUGGAUAAAUCGAAGGGAGCACUUGCGACCCUUCUGGUGCAGACGGGAACAGUAAAGAAAGGAGACGUUCUCCUAUGCAGUGAGGUUUUUGGCAAGGUGCUUGGAUUAAAUGAUGUCCCAGUUGCUGGGGACGAGUUCGAGGUUGUGGAGUCUGAGAAGGAGGCACGAGAGCGGGCCGAGCUUAGAGCAUUGUCGGCACGACAAGAACGGCUUGCUGCUCUUGCAGGCGAGGGGAAGGUCACACUCGCAUCAUUUGCUGCCUCUGUUGCAGGUGCAGCUCAAUCAGGAGACACACAAGAGCGCCAGCAAUUGAACGUUGUUCUGAGGGUCGAUGCCCAGGGGAGCGUGGAGGCCAUACGGGAAGCCUUGUCGGUUCUUCCUCAGGAGGCAGUUGGCCUGCGCUUCCUCAUGCAGGCAGCUGGAGAUGUGAAUGGCAGCGAUGUUGAUCUUGCGGCUGUCAGUGAUGCCAUUAUCAUUGCAUUUAAUGUAGGUUUCCAGCCAGGCGUGGAGGUUUUGGCUGAAUCCAAGGGCGUGGAGAUUAGGCAGUAUAAAGUCAUCUAUGAGCUUGUUGAUGACAUGCGCAGGGCCAUGGAGGGGUUGCUGGACCCCAUCGAGGUUGCGAUGGGAUUAGAAUGCGGUGUAGGGGUGGAGGACUUCAACGAAUGGGUGGACGGAGAUAUUAUCGAGGCCUACAAUUUGAUUAAGAAGGCACAGACACUGGAGGGGGCUGCUAAGGUCACUACAGCAGCGGCGGCCGCUGUAGCAGCAGCAGCUGCAUCUAAUGGAGGAGCCAACUCCACGUCCGCUUCUUCUGUUGGCACCAAAGAUGGAAGUGCUUGAAAUGUUAUGGCACAGUUGCCUGCUCCAGCAUGCCUGUGUCUAUAUCUCAGCCGAUGAUAGAGAUGUCAGGGGAGGAAUGCCUAGCCCAAAGGGGCAGUCGCCCAGACUUGAUUGUGAUUGCUCCGCUGUUGAAAACAUGUGGUGUAUACCUCAAUCAGUAACUCAGCAAGGCCAACAGCUUGCACAUCAAGAGGGAGAGAACAUGCUAUCUUCAACAGAAUAGCCGCAAUGCUCUCAUCGAUCACAAGCCUGGUCUGCAGCAACUCGACCAGGUCGCUGAACUAGUGAACGACUGCAAUAAGGUUUGGAAUACUACUUGGUACGCAUGUCUGCAGCUUCUGUCUGGUUCUCUGUGGGCUUACCUCUCCGCUCUAAACCAGGUUCAGGUUGAUGGUGUGUCCUUGCACAACACAGUAGAGUGCAGCCCAGCAAACGAAGAUUGAUUGAAUGAGACAUGCAAUCGGAUGAGUGGGGUGAUCUGUAACGCAUACGUUCAUACACUAAAACUUCAAAAAAAAACGAAAAAAAAAAAAGAAGCCUGAGGCGUGCAGGUAAAUGUCCAUGAGGAGGAGCUGCAGCUUCUGGACCGCUUCUAAAUCGCAAGUGGAAGUUCGGGUUGUCUUGUGAAGGUCUUUCUCUGAACAGUCGGUGAGGACGUUUGCCAGGAAAUUUGCUGUUUCGCGACACAUCAUCAUGGAUGUCAGCUGGCAGUAAUGUCUCCAGAAAAGGGAAGAAGCGAUCGAUUUUGGUGCAGAGUGCGUAGUGCAAACCGAGCGUCCUCUUAACUACAGGUUGAUUUUGUGCACGUGGUUGGUAGAGCGAUAUGGACAUUCUUCGCAGUGGGUGGUUUUGUGUGAGUGAAGCUCUCUUGAGUGGCAGCAGGAUUAUCGGAUGGUCACUGGUAUCGGUCGAUCAGCCAAGUCUUCUGCCGGCAAUGCGGGCCAACGUGGCAGCUUGCAGGCUGUUAUAGGCUCAGUCAGCUGUGGACUGGCAGCAAGUACUCGUUAUUAACGCCAGGUAAGAGUGUCUUUGUGGUUUCAAGUUUCCUUACGCAGUCUGAACUGUAGGGUUUAGGGUUUGUAGGGGUUGUAGAGAGAUGAUGAUUAGGUUUCAGAUGUCUGUGCAGACUAGAGCUGUAACUUGGAAGAAGGAAGGUUGUUGGUAGGGAUGGUGACAAGUGUUCUGCCACAGAUCAAAGAGUGUGUUGUCUUAGUUUCUUUGUCUGGGAAGUCUGAUGAAUAGUUAGUUCGCUGUUUGAUGGUCACGGAUGCUUCGUUCACUUGAUAGGAGGAUUGGUCAUAGAUCUUCUGAGCAAUUGACAGGAGGAUUGGAACAGUGAAAGCAGCGGUGGGGGAGGUGGCGGGGGAUGGCGGGGGGUGGCUGGGGAUGGKGGGGGGUGGCCGGGGAUGGCGGGGGGUAGCAGGAUACUGCCAUUCAUUAGAGUCAGAGAUCUGAUUUUACGGUCAAGUUUUUACGUCCCGGAGGAGAGGCGCUUCUCUAUGAGAGCAGAUGUCUGUAGGUGUUGAGAGCAACACAAGGUCAGCAGUACGACUCGAAGUUUGGCAUAGUCUGUGUUUACUCUGAUGGCCGAUGAAGGCAAGUGGUGAAGCACACGGUGCUGCAGUCCCUGACGGGGGGUAGCAGAGAACGCUGUGGGAGGAGAGAACAUGCUUUUGGGGCAUCGGCUAAAUGACCUUGGUGGAGGCGAAGGGAGGGAGUUGCAAGAGAGUUGGUGUCUGCUUGGUGAGUAGGGAAUGAG